AUGCGCAGGAGGGUAACGUGAGCGCAAGCAGCAUACAAACAACGAUAGAUGAGCUGCAGCUUCAGACGUCCGGGCAGCCGACAGAGCGCAAAGGCAAGCAGUACAUUCCGCUUGUGCCGACUAUCAUCCACAAUGGUCCAGCACCUGGGAAGGACAGGGAAGGUGGCACUGGCAGUAAAGGUGGGAGCCAGGGUACGAGCGAGUCGCGCAAGAGCUCGCCCACGGCGGUAGCGUCGCGGAAGAAGGCAGUUGGAGACGACAGGACAAACUCGAUCGUCUCUUCUGAAGCGCGUUCCACUCGGAUUCGUAAGAACAGCGCUGCAUCUCACUCCCUCAUGAAAGCAGAUGCAGGGCGGCGGCAGCAGCAGCAGCAGCCGUCGGCGCAAGGGGCAACACCGAGCAAAAGAGUGGCUAGCACGAAGCAAGAGUCGCAACCGCACGCGCCGUCGCAACCACAACCGCAGACAAAGGUGGUAACCGAGAAGGAGGAUGCCUCAACAAUAACCGCUCCAAAUGCUUCGGUUGCUGAAGCAAGUACCUCCAGCAACUCACAUUGCCAAACUGAGCUGGGGCAUUCGUACGCAAUGCCCGCGCCGACGGCGUAUGUUCUGCGCGGUCAGUCGCACCCCCGUCGGGGACAGUCAACGCGUGGCAGAGGCAGCGCUCGUGGUGCUCGUGGAAAUUCGGCGGGUAACGUCGGCCCGCCAUACAUCCCUUUCGCGCACGCUUCCGCCACCGCUGCUGCCGGUGCUACGCAACCGGAAGGUACCUACUAUCCAGGGGGCAUGCCUUUUGCAGAGACUGAAGGUUCUUACCGAACCGGCAUGCCAGUAUCGCCAUAUUUCUACAAUGCACCACCCCAGCAGCAAAAUUGGGCCGCUUACCCUCAAUUCGGCUACGAUCCAUAUCUUUACAACAAUGCGAAUUUUGUGCCGCCUGAAUCAACAUUUACAUCUGCACCAGUCGGGCAUAUGCCAGACGGCCCUACGUACCAAUUGCUUGCACAGAUAGAAUUCUACUUUUCUCAGCGCAACCUGCAAGGCGACUUUUUCCUACGCAACUGCAUGGACUCGGACGGCUGGGUGCCCGUCUCGACUGUCGCUGCUUUCAACCGCAUCAAGAGGCUUGGCGCGGAUCUCAAGACGGUAGUAGACACGCUGCUGUACAGCACUGUGUUGGAUGUUGAUCCCGAGCGGAUGAUGGUGCGCAAGAUGUUUGGCUGGGAGGCCUGGGUUUUGAACGCCGCCGGACCGAAUGGCUUGCGGGAGCAGCAGCGCAUCACACGCUAUCCGACUGAUCAUCAGCAACAAUCGCGUCUGCAUUCUCAGCAGGUGCAGUACUCAUCCCAGCACUCGAAUGGCGCAAUGUCUUUUCCCUCAGUGCAGACCGAAAACAAGAGAGCUGCUCAACAGCAGGACAGCGUGACGAGCGUGAGCGGCACGGUAGGCAAUAGCGCCUCGUCCAGUGAUCCAUUGAAGGCAUCGACGACCGCCUCACUGAUCAGCAGCGCCUUCAGACACUCUGAAGACGGCAAGUCGAGUCUCGGCGUGACAGAUGAUGUAAGGAGCCCAUAUGCACUCCUUGAAGCGUGAGAUCUUUUUGGACUGAACUACUGCUCACCUUUCUCUUAGAAUGAACAAGGGGUGGACGUCAUUGGUGCAGAAAGCCUCGGUGGCUCAGUCCAUGGAUCUCAGAAUCGCGCUUGAGCGUUGCACUCGCGUCCU